AUGUCUGGAGACUCGUGGGCGCUCGCUGUCGACGUGCAAGAAGCAACAACUCCAUCUGUGCAGUUUGACCUGUCGAAGAAACUGGAUCGGGUUCGUGGUCAACGAAACCUGAAAGGAGAUAUUAAUGGAAACAUUUUGCCGGAGAAGGCUGAAAAUGGGAGCUGCAGGAAAGAUGUGGAUAAAGUGGAUCUGGCCGAGCAGUCUCUGCUGAAUAAGCUGAUCCGCAGGUCUCUGGUGAGGAACAGGAACCAGGUGGAGGUGCUGCAGCGGGACCCCACCUCUCCUCUGUACUCCGUCAAGACGUUUGAGGAGCUGAGGCUGAAGCCCGAGCUGCUGAAGGGGGUGUACGACAUGGGUUUCAACAGACCCUCCAAGAUCCAGGAGAAUGCUUUGCCCAUGAUGCUGGCACAGCCACCUCAGAAUCUGAUCGCCCAGUCUCAGUCUGGCACAGGUAAAACUGCUGCUUUUUCUCUGGCCAUGCUCAGCCAUGUAGACACGGCCAACAAGUGGACUCAGUGUCUCUGCAUCUCCCCAACAUACGAGCUCGCUCUGCAGAUUGGACAAGUGAUCGAGCAAAUGGGGAAAUUCUACCCUGAUGUUAAAUUGGCAUAUGCCAUUCGGGGCAACAAAGUGGAGCGAGGCAUUAAGUUGCAGGAGCAGAUUGUCAUCGGGACACCGGGCACCGUCCUCGACUGGUGCACCAAGUACAAACUCAUCGACCCCAAGAAGAUCACCAUGUUUGUGCUGGACGAGGCUGACGUGAUGAUCGCCACGCAGGGUCACCGAGACCAGAGCAUCCGUAUCCAUAGAAUGCUGAAUAAAGACUGUCAGAUGCUCCUUUUCUCCGCAACCUUCGAGGAGUCCGUGUGGAGGUUCGCCGAGCAGGUGGUCCCCGACCCCAAUAUCAUCAGGCUGAAGCGCGAAGAGGAAACGCUGGACACCAUCAAGCAGUUCUACGUGGUCUGCAAGGAGAAGGAGGACAAGUUUACCUCCCUGUGCAAUCUGUACGGGAGCCUCACAAUCGCACAGGCCAUGAUCUUCUGCCACACUCGCAAGAUGGCUUCUUGGCUCACUGCACACCUGACCAAAGAGGGACACCAGGUGGCGCUGUUGAGCGGGGAGAUGACCGUGGAGCAGAGAGCUGCUGUCAUCGAACGCUUCAGGCAGGGCAAGGAGAAGGUGCUCGUGACCACAAACGUGUGCUCCAGAGGUAUCGAUGUGGAGCAGGUGUCGCUGGUGGUGAACUUUGACCUCCCUGUGGACAUGGAUGGGAACGCUGACAACGAGACGUACCUUCACCGGAUCGGCCGCACCGGGCGCUUCGGCAGGAGAGGGUUCGCCGUCAACAUGGUGGACAGCAAGCACAGCAUGGACAUCAUCAACCAGAUCGAGAUGCAUUUCAACAGGAAGAUCACAAAACUUGAUACCGACAAUCUUGAAGAAAUGGAGAGUCUGAUGACCUAA